UCCGUGGUUUCGGCGGUUCGUCCUGAAGUGAGCAAUUCGUGGCUAAGUUACGCGUUUUUUUCACUUUCUUGUCCUGUUCAUUUGCUCUCUGUCCUUGUGUGUUUUCUGCGUGUUCAUAGUAUUUACCCAUUAUGGCUCGAAGUCACGUCUACGGACAACGGAAACGUAAGAAGAAGGACUUUGCGAAUUUACGUGGUAGAGGCAGGCAUGUGACGGAGCCUGCGGAUUUGAGAGAUUUUGGUAAUGCAGGAUGCUCCAGCCGUGCUGUUCCCAGUGAUCGUUGCACUUCGACGACUCCACAUCGCGCAGAUACCCUUGUAGGCUCAACCUUUGGUGGUAGUGUUGUUCCUCAAACUGUAACUGAUGCCGGUCGGAAUGCUUGUUUCGCUUCGAGCACAAGCGAAAUUCGUCCUUCAAAUUCGUCAUUUGCUGAUUCAGCUGAGGUAGAUAAUGUAGUCCCCUGCAGUUCAGGUUGUGACGAGCUUGCCGGUUCCAGAGCAAGUCCCGUUCCAAUCACUGCCGCUGUUACACCCAGUCGAUCUUCAUCUUUCGAUACUGGCAAUGUUCACCAGACACAGAGUCAGCGCACAAGCAGUGUGAAUGGUCGGCGUAUAGUGGAGAUUGAUCACUUCUUCUCGUCUUUGCAAAGUUUGUCGGUACAUAGUCCGUUUGGUUGCGGCCUGGCUGACAUGGAAAUUGUAUCAGAACAUCGGCGAGGUCUGUGUAGCUCUUUCAGUUUGAAGUGCAGGAUGUGUCUGAGGAAAGAUGUAGUCACAACAGAGGCACCAGUUGAUCAACUUGUUCAACAACGCAUGGACGUCAAUUCCUCAGCAGUGAACGGUAUCGUGUCUAUAGGUUCUGGUUUCUCAGGCCUUCGCGAGCUCCUAGGUGCUCUGGACAUACCCGGCAUGGCUGGUAGCACGUACAGUAAGUAUCAGGAUAUUGUUGCUAAAGGAAUCGACGAAACAGCUUGGGAAGAAAUAAGAAAAGCAGGCAUUGAGGAAGCUCGGUUAGCUAGGGAGGCUGGGGACGUCGAUGCUGACGGUUUUCCUAUAAUUACGGUCGUUGCCGAUGGUGCUUGGUGCAAACGUUCAUACAAGAACAAGUACGACGCUCUUUCUGGCUUGGCUGUAAUUGUUGGGUACCGCACAAAGAAAGUACUGUUCCUAGGCGUCCGGAACAAAUUUUGUACACUGUGCGCAAGUUCUAAGGCAGGGUCGAGCCAAAAAAAGCAUCUGUGCUUCAAGAACUGGGACAGCAGCUCUACCAGUAUGGAGAAGGAUAUCGUCGUUGAAGGCUUCAGGCGCAGCAUUGAGUUGCACGGGGUAAAGUACUUGCAGUUGAUCGCUGACGGUGAUUCGAGCACAUACAAGUCAAUUCUUGAAGCUGCACCGUACCAGCAUCAGGUAGUUCAGAAGGUAGAAUGUCGCAACCACCUUCUUCGAAACUAUGUAAGUCGUCUUCGAGAUGUUGCUUUGGCAAAGAGAACAACCCCCAUUCCCCCAUCGUUGAAGAAGCUACUUCUGGAUAAUGCUGUUCGACUAAGAGUUGGAGUUGCUAGGGCUAUUCACUAUCGCAAAGAGCAGGCCGAGUUCAGCAAACAAGAUCAGAUUCGGAACCUGGUGGCUGAUAUCCGUAAUGGGCCACUCCAUGUGUUCGGCGACCACGCAAAAUGUGCGGGUUACUUUUGCAGUGGUCCAAAAGAAGGGGAAGUCAAUCACGUCCCAGAGCUCAGGAAAUGCGGACUUUUCAAUGAAAUCCUUGUAGCGAUGAGUCGUUUGGCAAACAAUGGUAGCAGCUUGAUCCUUGACGUUAACAAUAAUGCUGCAGAACAUUUCAAUUCUCUCGUUGCAAAGUUUUCUGGCGGUAAAAGAAUAAACUUUUCCCAGAGGGGAUCAUUCGGAAUGCGGGCUUCAGGAGCUGUCGUGUCUUUCAACUCUAAGCAGUACCAUCGUGCUCUACAUAAGGCAGUGUACAACACCAGCCCUGGGAAGUAUGCAAAAAUUAUGCUGAAGCGUAAAGCAGCUGUUCGUGCUGCUUGCAUAAGGCAUCGGAGUUCUGGGGCUGCUCGCUGUAAGCGUUCACUUGAAGGUGCGCCUUGCAAGCGUGCUUCCAGCGACAACCACUAUGGUUCCAUAGUGGAUGCUCCAGACAUGAACCACGAUGACUAUGUUGAAGCUGCUGCGGCGUACAAGGAUUCCCUUGUGCUCUCCCAACCAGAUGCAGAGCAGCUCGAGGCUGAUACUCGAGGUCAAGAAGGGAGAACUUUGUGGAUGCAGGAGAGGCGAAAGCGACUCACCGCUUCUAAUUUUGGCAAGGUAUGCAAGAUGCGAGAUGCAACGAGCAGUGCAAGUACUGUUCGUUCCUUGCUCUAUGGUCAUUUUGACACUGAGGCUCUCCGAUAUGGUCGCGACACUGAGCCCAUUGCAAUUGCUAAGCUGCAGGAUGAGUUAGGGGUGACUGUUUCACCAUGCGGCCUUGUUGUUGAUCAGGAGUUUGCAUACCUUGCUGCAACACCUGAUGGGCUUGUCGGUGAUGACACUGUCGUGGAAGUGAAGUGCCCUUAUUCGGCUCGGCCCCUUACCCCUGUGGAGGGAGUGCGGGCAAAAAAAAUCACCUUUUGCACUAUUGAUAACUCUGGUAAUAUUUCGUUGAAGGAAAACCAUGACUACCACUAUCAGGUGCAGGGACAGCUCCACAUCACUCGACGUCAGUUUUGUCUUUUUGUGGUAUAUUCUGGCGAGGAAAUUUUUGUCCAGAAGAUCGAGAGAAAUGAUGGCUUCUGGAGCAAAAUGAUUGGCCACCUUCAACUGUUCUACUCGCAUAGCCUUCUACCGGAGUUGGUUGACCCUCGUCAGUCCCGUGGGCUGCAGCUCAGAGAUAACAAGAAGAGUGACCAUCAGGUUGCCUCGCUCUGUGAUGCCGCCAAAACAACUUCCAAUCAGGGCGAUUCAUCCAGAAAGAGACGGAAGACUGGUAAAGAUAACUCACCUGCCGCUGUUCUGUAAUUAUGGCUAGACUGUGGAUUUACGUGUCAUUUAGUUUGUGCGGCUCCACCUUUGCCAAGUGUUUUAAUGCAUAUUCAUCCAUUUUGCUUCAUAAUUUACUGAAUGUUUUUCCAUAUACAUGUCUUCGACUUUGGCUCAGGCUGCAUAUCUUCACGUUUGUGUUUCAUAUUUAAGUUACCUUUUUCCAUUUUUACUGUGCAUAUCUGUGCAUAUUUUUCAAUUUUCCUAAAUAUUUAUAUUAAUAUAUUUCUAUGUAUAAAUCCACAGACUAGUCGUGCGAUGCUUGUCAUAUUUUAAACAUGGCGUAAGAGUGUGAAAUCUGAAUCCAGCCAUCAGCACGUGAGGAUCUAAGUAUGAGAAUGAUGCACAAUCUCCCAACCGUAGAACCGUCUUCCCCGGCAUUGUUGAAACACGUCUACACGUUGAUGCUAUAUGUGUGAGGCCAUCAUGGUAUUCUACCUUGGCUUGAGUGUAUGAAGAUAUAGCAAAGCUGUCCCCAAACCGUCGUUCUUCCCAGGCAUGGUUGAAACACGUCCACACGUUGAUGCUACAUGUGUGAGGCCAUCAUGGUAUUCUGCCUUGGCUUGAGUUUAUGAAGAUAUAGCAAAGCUGUCCCCAAACCGUCGUUCUUCCCAGGCAUGGUUGAAACACGUCCACACGUUGAUGCUAUAUGUGUGAGGCCAUCACGGUAUUCUACCUUUGCUUGAGUGUAUGAAAAUUGUGGAAAGAAACAUGAAUGGUAUUCCUAGCACUUUUGAAGCUCCACCAGCCUGUUCAGAUGUCGACAUCCUGAGUAUGAAUCCAUUUUGAUAUUUUGACAAGGUCGGUAAGUAUCAUUGUGCAGAGCUGUCUCCCAACUGUCGCCAGUUCCCCGCAUUGUUGAGCACGAGCAACAUCCCAACAUGUCGCUCUGCGUUACGUCCUCUUGCCAUCUUGCCUUUACUUGGGUGUCAUUUCAACAUAUGAAAAUUGUAUUUUCAGAUUCAGGUAUCCAGUACUACUGCAAAUAUGAUGGCCAGACACCCAAAGGUCAAACUUCCUAAGUGUUACUGUCUUUACCUGUCAUUUGAAAAUUUCCUACUCUCUCCCUGAUUAUGAAGCACCUGCCCUUGCCAGUGUUGUACCUGGUUCAGCAUUAUGUGGCCAAUGAUGAAUGGUGCCCUGUUGGACAUUUUUUUUCCAUAAACACACACUCUGAGGCUUUAGCUGCCAACUGACAAGCAUGGCAAAAGCAACUAUCAGUUGCUACUUCAUUGCUCAAAAAGGAAACUCGUUGCUGAGUAACACGUUCCAAGUUUUUACUAUUCCCAUAUUAUGAACCUGGCUCUGUCCACCAGGAUGCUAUAUGUUGAUGCCGUAUGUGCGAGACCUUCAUGUCAAAGUGCGCCUACAUGCAGCGGACUGUAUGGUACUUCAUUAUGUGUGUAUGCCACAUCGCCAAUGAUGAAAUGUGCUGUUGGAUACUGUAUCCACGAAUGAACAUUCUGAGGCUACAAGCAUGAGCUGAUACGCAUAAGUAAUGCAGAAAACGUGACGGUGUAUACAUGCUGCGUUCUUCAAUAAAAUAUCUCCAAUCUACCAAUAGUGAACACGUGCUACUGAUUUCUUUUUAAUCUUUCGGGUGCUGGCUGUCUAGGAUUUUCUGCUUGCAGUAAUCUGUGAACCAGUGGUUACUAACAAUGGCUAUUGGUCACCUUGACCAGAUUUCAUCUGAAGAAAAACUUGAGACCGG